CGGAACAGACCGGAACGAUUACUCAGAGUGGCAGUCGCUGUUUGUUACUGCCGCCGCAACUGACACGCCCGUAGAGAGAAAUCGCUUUGCUCCUGGCCACAAGCUCCAGACAUGGUGACCCAAUGGCUCCGUCGGGUGGAGGACCUGGGCGAGGAGGUCAUCCGCCGGUGCCGCCCUUCUCUGCCCGCGGUGGCUCGCUUCUGCCUCGUGGCCACUUUCUUCGAGGAUGCCUUGCGCUUGUUUUUUCAGUGGAUGGUGCAUGUUAACUUCCUGCAAGACCAACUUAAAUGCUCCGGCGACCUGGCCAUGGCUCUUGCCUUGUAUCUUCUGGUGGGCCAGCUGGUCGGCUGUGUGCUGGUGUGGUUGCAUCUGUUUAUUAAUUUUGCGGUUACCCUCCUGGCCGGCAUCGUCCUUCUGCAGGCCCAUGUUUAUGCGGUGCCAUUAGAUCUCCAUCUGAUUUUGAGGAAUUUCGCGCUGCUGGGAGGACUACUGCUGCUGCAUGUAGAGGAAAAGCAGGCCUCCUGCUACAGGAUAUACGCAGCAAGAGCCGGAGUCCCGCUUUUGGUUAACCGGAGGUCCCAGCAACUGAUGCAACUCACUGGCCGCAUUCUGUUGGCGCUCAUGUAUCUGACCCUGUUCCAGCAAUACUUCACCGUCGUCUCCAUUGUCCUGAAUUCAUUCGGCCUGAUCCUGAUGGCGUUUGUCGUGAUGGGAUAUCGCACCCGCUCGGCUGCAUUGUGGCUCUCCCUGAUGCUGACUGGGUGGAAUGUGUGCACCAACGCCUGGUGGUUCGCCGACGGCGACUCGAGGGACCUGCUGAAAUACAAUUGCUUCCACACUCUGUCUGUGGUGGGGGGCCUGCUCAUGGUUGUUGUCUUGGGUCCCGGCGAUGUAUCCCUCGAGCGGUACAAAAAGCAGUGGUAGUCGGACCAUCUUUAUUCUACAGUUGGCUCUGCCACAGUUUUUCAAACUUAAAAU